ACUUCCAAGUGGAUAGGGGAUAGUAAUUAGUUCUAUAGACUUUCUCACACCUGACUUAUCUUUACUUUCUUCUCCACAUCCCAUACUGUUCCUUCUAGUUUCCAAACAAAAGGUUCCCUAUUAGACGUUUCCUCCUAGUUUACAAGCAAACGGUUCCCUAUUAGACCUUUCCUCGUAGUUUCCAAGCAAAAAGUUCCCAGUUAGAUUUCUCCAAAAAAAAAAAAAAACAACUUGCAACUCGUUCCUGACUUUUUUUUUUCUACCUUCCAUUGUUCCUCCCUCCAUUACUAGAGAGAACACCAAGUUCAUCAAAGCAAAAGGAAGCAAUGGUAGGUUUUGAGAGAGAGACUGAAAUGCUGAUAGAGCAACUUGUGACAGGGCCUCGAGAAUUAGAUGUGAUCUCAAUUUUUGGAAUGCCGGGAUUAGGAAAAACAACUUUGGCUAACAAAUGGUAUGAUCAUGAAGUAGUUUCCAAUCGCUUCGAUAUUCGCUUGUGGGGUGGUUCUUCCCAAUCUUAUGAUAACAGAGCUCUCUUGUUUGAAUUAUUGGGUCAUAUUUCUGAGCUUGAUGAUAGUACCAAAAAUAUGAGGAAUGAUGGACUAGCUGAGAAGUUAUACAAACAUUUGAAGGGAAAGAAGUACCUUAUUAUUGUGGAUGACGUGUGGAGUUUUGAGGCAUGGGAUGAUAUAAAGAGACCUUUUCCAGAUGAUGAUAAGGGAAGUAGGAUUAUUUUGACUACUAGACUAGAAUCGAUCGCCACAUAUGCCAUGAUCUCAUCGAGUCCUCAUCACCUUCGUUUGUUCACAGAAGAAGAAAGUUGGAUUCUACUGAAGGAGAAGGUAUUCAGAGAAGGUGAUUGUCCCCAACAACUCGAGGGGAUAGGUAAGCAAAUAGCGACAAAGUGUGGAGGAUUACCCCUCGCAGUUGUAUUGGUAGCUGGUCUUCUUGGAAAACACGAUCACAAGGGAGUUUACUGGGAAGAAGUAUCUGAAAGUUUGAAAUCAGAAAUGAAAGAUUACAUGGAUAUAGUUGAACCGAGUUACAAGGACUUACCCAUUCAUUUGCAAAAAUGCUUUCUCUACUUUGCUUCAUUUCUAGAGGACCAGCAAGUUCCAGUCAAAAAACUGAUUAGACUAUGGAUCGCGAAAAAUUUUGUUGAAGCCAGUACUACAUCGAAGAGCUUAGAGUUGGUUGCGAUGGAUUAUUUGAUGGAUUUAAUUAGCAGGAACCUAGUAAUGGUAGCAAAAACAAAUUCCUUAUGGGAGGUCAAAGCCGUUCAUAUUCAUGAUUUAAUACACGAAUUCAGCCUGAUGAAAGCUAAAAGUGGAAACUUUUUGCUGAGGAUACAUAAUCAGUUUGUGAUUAUAUUUCCAUCUUUCCAAGGGAGGUCUGGACAUCUGAAUAUUGUAGAACCAACUUGUGGAGUCAGUUCUGGACAAAAUAUCACCACGUUACGAUUCAGUCCCAGUGUAAAUUCUCCUUUGGUUGAUUUAGAUUUGAAUAGAUCCUGGAAGCACCUAAGAGUAUUAGAUUUGAGUUCCGUAAAGCUGCGUAAGACACUUGUAUAUGUAGUAUUUGGAGCUGCAGUAUCCUGA